UUUGCCUAUUUUUUGGCAGUAACAAUGGUUAUUUUAAGUGACCUCCCAAGACUCAAAACACCACAAUCCACCUUGGAAAGGUUCAGUAGGUGGGUUCUCCCAACUUUUGGCCACCGCUUCCUCUUCAGUCAGCCCCAGGAGUUCCCAGUUGCUCGUUUCUUCAUGGGGGCAUUAUUUGGUGCUGUCAGUGGUGCAGGGUUAUUCCUGGGUCUCUUUCACAAUGUCCCUAUGAACAGCGUAAAUAGGCUACUAGCAGGAUAUGCAUUUGUUGCUGUAUGCAUUCUAGGUGGGGCAUUCUCAUCCCAAUUUCGAUGUUCGGUCCUCCUGAUGUUUCCCAGCAUACUUGGUUCCCGUGGCAGGGCGUACCUCAUGCUCUUUGUUGUCUAUGGCCUCUAUAGUGGCCCAAUCUCCAAUAUCCACCGUAAUGUCCAGGAUGUGUCUUUUUCUAUGGGCUGCAACAUAGAGCUCCAGAUCAAACACAGCAAGGUCAUGUGGAAGGUGGUGAUGGACCCCUUCAUGCAGGUGAUGCAGAAUAUUGUGGUUUCCUUAAUGUUGUUACUGGGUCAGGAGGAUAAUAAGGAAUUCACAAAGGAGGCUAGCAGCGUGAGCAGGAAGUUUCAGAGCAUCAGGGAUGAGGUAAUGGGGCAGUAUGGAUAUGACACCCUGGAACAGGGUCCUGUUACUGCGAAGAAUAGCACGCAGGAAUUGUACGCAGCCAAGACCUUGAUGCGAUGUGACUAUGUGGUGGAGCAGGGGAUAGAGCGCUGUCGUGAGUGGUUCGAUGUCAAGUGGCAGGACUGCAUGGAGGCCAUUCAGGCCCCAGUCAUCAACCACAUACUGUGUGUUUCUAUGAGGUUUCACUUCCUCUGUGACAUAAUGAGAGUCAUGACCCCCUGGUGCAGGGAAGAGAUACCAGUGGAAGGGAACUUUGGGCAAACCUUUGACAAGCUCAACUUCUCCAUUGACACACUAUCAAGAGAAUUCAGCACCACUGUGGUGCUCCAGGAGCCGGAACAGCAGUCUGUGUUCGGGGUCACAGUCCUACAGGAAGAGUUCACAGAGCGUCUGAGUAAAGCCUUCCAGGAGACUAAAGUCAUUCUGGACAAGAUUCUAGUCUUCAUCCAGCUCCUCCUCUCCUUCACCUUCAUCACCAUCUUCACAACGGCAUUUGGAUAUGUUAGGCAAUACAACAAAGACAUUCGCUUUGAUAACAUCUAUAUCACCACAUACUUCAGGCAGAUUGACGCCAGGAGAAAGAGAGCAGUAAGCGUACCAGGUUACAGCAUGUUUCGCAAAAUAGUCAGAGGUACUCAGUAGAACGAGGUGGUUUAAGGGAAAUGGUCAUUUAAAGAAAGGUAAUUAUGUAUGCGUUUUGCUCUGCACACAUAUCAAUUUGA